AUGCGUCCUUGCACCCUCCUCGCCGCCCUUUUCCUCGGCGCCCAUGGCGUGCCGCACGGCGAGCAUGCCUCCUCCGCCGACGGCGUCGUUCCGAGGAGUCCCCGGGAGCUGGAACCCGAAGACGUCGACGACAUCAUGCAGCACCAGGCGCAAAAGGAGAUCGAGGACGAGAUCAAGCGCAAGGAGCAGGACCUCGCCGACAAGGCGACCAAGAUUGCCGUCAUCAAGGCCGGCCUCGACUCCCUGGCCAUCAACGAGGGCAUCGACUGCACGACGGCCAACCAGGAAACCAUGGAGGGCGCCAUGACGUGCAAGUUCAAGGAGUACUACUUCAAGAAGAGCACGGCGUCGGAGAUCAAGUACUUCACCCACAACAUCGUCGCCCUGGCGUUGUUCAUCAAGAUGCGCGGAGGCAUGCACAGGCCCCGGACCGGAUCCAUCUACGCCUCUUUCGACGAGAGGCCCGUCGACGACCCGCUGCACAAGAAGGCUCUGCUUCUCGAGAAUCCCGCCUCGGGCGAGUUUGUGCGCGUCCCCAUCGAUCUGAAGGAAUACUUUGGCAUGGACAAGCUUCCCCUCAUGGAGAUUGACAAGCUUCGUCUGUUCUUCUCCGCCGGUGCCGAGCAGAUGAAUGUCCAGAGUACGUCGAGACGGCAAAGAAGCUGCCCCCCCCCCCCCCCCCGCCGCCGCUGA